CAGCGAUGCCACCACCACCACCACACAGCUCAACGGCAGCACAACCAGGAGGAGUGGGAGUGCAACUGGGAGCGACGGUGGCGCAACCGGGAGGAACGGGGAUGCAACCAGAAAGAGCGGUGGCCCAUGGAGGAGCACCGCCGCGAGCAGCGGUUCAGGUCCCCGACCAGCAGGUGAUAAUGACCAGGCAGGAGAUGCAACAAAUGGUGGCGGACGCAGCCGCGCAAGCAGUUCAGCAAGUCACAAACAGUCUCUCCCGGGCAACGGCAACGCCGAACACUAUUGCAGGGUCACGCCAAAACGCGGAGGAGGAUGAAUCCAGCUAUGGUGGAGGCGGGCCCACACAUGACUGGGAGAUGGAGAGGAUGGCGGAACAGCUGCGCCAAUUGCAGGCUAAGGUGGAUGGUCGAGCAGAAAGACGCGCUCGAGGACACCCAUUCUCGGCGGACAUACUAGCAGCACCCUUGCCAAAUAAUUACAAGGAUACCAACUUGGUGUUCGAUGGGACUUCUGAUCCGUUGAGACACGUGAGGACAUUUGAAAAUAUGGCUGUGUUGCACGGAUAUACUGAUCCCGUUAGUUGCAGGGCCUUUUUAUCGACCCUUAGGGGAGGGGCGCUCGACUGGUUCGAGGGGCCCACCCAACCGAAGUCGAGGAGAUAUUGCCGCUUCCACAAAGACUAUGGCCAUACUACUGAGGAUUGUCGACAUCUCAAGAACGAGAUUGAGCGCCUUAUUCGAGCAGGGCAUCCCAAGGAGUUUGUCUAUCAGGAUAAGGGGAGGAGGAAGGAGAAGAGAAGGUAUCGGGAGGACUCGGUAGAGAGGAGCGAGGAAGAUGAUGAUGAGGAUGCACGGGGUGGUCGAGAUGGUCGAAAAAGAGAUGAGGGGAAGAGGAGGCGAAGAAGUAGGGAGCGGGAAAGAGAAGGAGAUGGAGGCCAAGUAAAGAGAGGUACGAUAUAUAUGAUUUUAGGAGGACCGACUGACGGGGACUCGAAUAAUGCGAGGAGAGGCCAUGUUCGAGCAAUGAAAAGGAAGAGGGAAGAGGUGAGUAUCACGGCCUGGGUGCCAGAAAUCAGUUUUCGGACAGAUGAUGCAGCAGGGGUGGUGGUGCCUCACAAUGAUGCCUUGGUAAUUACGGCCGAAGUUGCAGGUUUUGAUGUGAAAAGGGUGUUUAUAGACACGGGGAGUUCGGUGGAUGUCAUGUUUUAUGAUUGCUUUGUGCAAAUCAAUCGGGAGUUGAAUGUGGAGCUGAAGCCGGUGGCCACGGCCUUGUAUGGUUUCAAUGGCGGGGAGGUCAUGCCAAUGGGAGAGGUGACUCUAUCGGUAGCACUGGGAAAGGGAGCAACUCGGAAGGUUCGAAUGGUAAGAUUUGUGGUCGUAGGAGCUGAGUCAUCCUACAACAUCAUAAUGGGGAGAACGAGCCUGAAUGAGUUCCAGGCGGUCGUAUCCACGUACCACAUGACGAUCAAAUAUCCG